GAUGGUGAGCGAAACAGAUCCCUGCUUUCAUAGAGCUGACCUUCUGGUUGGGAAGAGCUAACUGAAGAAAACGUGAAAGGAGCCAUGAGAAUGUAUAACAGGGGAAGUGAACUAAGAUCUAGUGGGAGGGAGAUGACCUCGAUAUUACGGAGCCCUCAGGCUCUCCAGCUUACUCUGGCUCUGAUCAAGCCUGAUGCAGUUGCUCACCCACUGAUUCUGGAGGCUGUUCAUCAGCAGAUUCUGAGCAACAAGUUCCUUAUUGUACGAAUGAGAGAACUUCUGUGGAGAAAGGAAGAUUGCCAGAAGUUUUACCAAGAGCAUGAAGGGCAUUUUUUCUAUCAGCGGCUGGUGGAGUUCAUGGCCAGUGGGCCAAUCCGAGCCUACAUCCUCGCCCACAAGGAUGCCAUCCAGCUCUGGAGGACAGUGAUGGGACCCACCAGAGUGUUUCGAGCACGCCACGUGGCUCCAGAUUCAAUUCGUGGGAGUUUCGGCCUCACUGACACCCGUAAUACAACCCAUGGCUCAGACUCUGUGGUUUCAGCCAGUAGAGAGAUCGCAGCCUUCUUUCCCGACUUCAGUGAACAGCGCUGGUAUGAGGAAGAGGAGCCCCAGUUGCGCUGUGGCCCUGUGCGCUACAAUCCAGAGGGAGGCAUCCACUUUGCAGCUGGAACAGGAGGCCCAGGGCCAACCUGACGCAGGCCUGUUGGUCUGUGAAGAGUGAUGGCGUUGCCCAGCCUUUUCUCGCAGAGCUCUGGUCCAGAGCAUUCUCCUAGGACCAGGGAGGCCUGGGGCUCAUUGUGCCAUCUCUGCUGGGCACCGCCACCUGCAUAAGAGCCUAGCUCCUCACUGCUACCUCUUCUAGAAUCUAACUCUCUAUCUACCUCUUCUCUGGAAUGUUCAUGGGUGGUUCAGAGGAAUGAUGGCUCCUUUUUUUCUGAGAACUGUUCAUCUUUUUUCAAGGAGGGGCUUGCCUAACUGACUUGCCUGAAAAAUGCAGUGACUGUAUUAGCAACAUUUGGUCUAUUUUCCUUAAUAAAAGUCAGUAUUCUACUGAAUCCUGCAGGCUGGGAGCACUACUCUAUGUACUGUCUCUCUAUCCCUAACUGGAAUAAUUAAAUCUGUCCUGAAGUCAAGUUUCUGGUCUAUGCUAAGUAAAGAGAGAAUUGUGGGACUUGCCUAGUAGCGCAGUGGUUAAGAAUCCGCCUGCCAACGCAGGGGACACAGGUUCGAGCCCUGGUGCGGGAAGAUCCCACAUGCUGCAGAGCAACUAAGCCCGUGCGCCACAAUUACUGAGCCUGUGCUCUAGAGCCCGCGAGCCACAACUACUGAGCCCACAUGCCACAACUACUGAAGCCCACGCGCCUAGAGCCUGUGCUCUAAGAUGAAGCCACCACAAUGAGAAGCCUGUGCACUGCAACGAAGAGUAGCCCCCGCUCGCUGCAACUAGAGAAAGCCUGCGCACAGCAACGAAGACCCAACGCAGCCAAAAAUAAAUAAAUAAAAUAGAUUAAUUAAAAAAAAAAAGGGAGAAUCGUGAAGAAAUCUCCCAGGAGGUUCACACACAGUGUGCAGCUUAUGUAGUGCAUGAGGCACCCAGUGACGGAGCUGACUGUGGGCUCAAAUCCAUGCUGUGCACCUGGCACAGGGCUGCAUCCUGGAAGAAGGGGCACCUUUCAUUUGAACAAAAGUAUGUCUGCCCAGUAGAGGCAUAUUGUUAUGACUCACUUUUUUUUCUGAUUUGCACAAAGCCACUAAAGCUAGCCAUGUCUCUGCUGUAGCUGAGGAUGACAGUUAUCUAUUGCUGCAUGACAAAUCACCUCAAGAUUUUGUGGCUUAAAACAAUGACUUAGAGACGUCACUGGUGGUCCAGUGGUUAAGAAUCCGCCUUCCAAUGCAGGGGAGAUGGGUUCGGUCCCUGGUCGGGAAACUAAGAUCCCACAUGCCAUGCAGCAAUUAAGCCCGCACACCCCAACUACUGAGCCCAUGCGCCACAACUAGAGAGGCCACGUGCCACAAACUACAGAGCCCACGUGCUCUGGAGCCCGCGCUCCACAACUACAGAGCCCACGCACCACAACUAGAGAGAAGCCCAUGAGCUAUAACAAAGAGCCCGCGUGCUGCAGUGAAAGAUCCCAUGUGCCACAACUAAGACCUGACACAGCCAAAAAUAAAUAAAUAAAUAAAUAUUA